AUGUUAUUUACGAAGAUUUAUUUGUUGUUUGUAUUCGUCCUGUACCUUGUUUCUGCUUUUAUAAAACGUCAAUGGGUUCCUAAUAAUUACAUAUACUUUAAGACAGAUACAUAUUAUAAAAGGAGAAAAAAGAAGAUGCUAGAAUUUCGUGUUAAAAACCAUAAGGAUAAUGAUAUUGAUCCUUACAUACCAUAUAUUUAUAAGGACAUAGCACCUGUCCUAAAGGAAUAUGCCGAUGAUGAACAUUCAUACAAACAACUAGUGAAUGCAUACUUUCCAGAAACAAUAGAACGGGAAAAGAAAAUCAAAACUGAAGGCAAAAAAUAUUUUACAAAUUUGAAAAAAAUCGAAGAGCAAAAAAAAUUAUUAGAGGAUUCAAAAGAAAAAUCUGAUGAUACAAGUGAAAAAAUAGAUGGUGCCAUUAAAAAGUCAGAUAAAUCAAUUAACAAAUCAGAUAUAUCAAUUAACAAAUCAGAUAAGGACAAUAAAAAGUUAAAUUCCAUUGAAGAUGUUGAAAUGGCCAUGCAUGAAAAAUUGAUAAAAAACGACGUAAGCAAUUUUGAGCAUAUCAGUGAUAUUAAAGACCAUAAAAAGAAAAACAAAAUAUUAGAUGAUACAUAUGACAUUAUUGAAGAUUCGUUAAAAGAUAUUUAUAUGAAUUCAAAUGUAAAUAAAGAAGAAGAUACUAAUAAUAUAAAUUAUAUCGAGUUAGCCAAAAAGGAAAAAAAUAUGUUAUAUGACAAAUUAAUUAAUAAUCAUUCUAUAGUAAGUGAUAGCAAUACAUUUGAUUUAUUUGGAGUAUUUUAUGACAAUAAAAAUUAUAAAGAUGAAAAAAAAUUGGUUGCGGAAAUGGAUAAAAUAAUUAAUUUAGAACCUUUCAAAAGUAAUAAUGAUAGUAAUUUAUUAGAAAUUAUUGAUACUAUUUUAAAAAAAAAUAAGAUUCCUAUACAUGUUCGUAAUUUUCUGAUCAAGUAUAGAGAUAUUGCAAAAAAAAUUUCUGAUGCAAAUGAAAAAAAAAAUAAAACACAGUCAACGUCUGAAGAAAAUGAUUAUACAGAUAACGAUAUAAACAUUUUUAAUACAAACGAUAAAGAAAAAGAUGAAAAAUAUAAAGAAUUUCUAAAGGAUUUAAAUAAAGUUAUUAUGAGUAUACAUAAUAAUUUAAAUAAUGAGAAAUUAUUAAAAAGAGAAUAUAAUUUUCUAGAUGAAUUAUAUGAAGACUAUAAACACCAUCUUAAAAAAAUGCACAUUAAGAGAAAUAGAUUAGAACCACAAAGAAAUAAUUAUGAUUUUUUAACAUUCUUACAUGAACAUUAUGAAAAAUAUUAUUUUUUAAAAUAUGGACAAUUUGAUUAUAAUUUUAAUGAAAAAAUAAAUGAAAUAAAAAAGAAAAUUGAAAAGGAUGACCAAAAAAAAAAACAAGAAUUAGAUGUACAGCCAAUAACACAUCAAGACACAAUAAAUGAAAAUAAAAAUGAUGAUAACGAUGAUAAUAAUAUUCAUAAUAAUAAAAUUCAAAGUGAUAAUGAAAAUAAUGUAAAUAACGAUAAUAUAAAUGAUGAAGUGUCUGUUCAUACAUUUGAACCCAAAAUGAGUUCAGCUCAUAUUAAUAAUAAUAUAAAAAAUAAUAAAAAUGAGAGUGUCAAUCAAAUAAAGGAAUCUAAGAAAUUAAAGAAACAUAUACUAAUAGAUAUGAUACGUAAUUAUGAAAAACAAAUGUAUGAUAUAUAUAAACCUGAUAAUUCAAUAACAAAUGCAUAUGGUUUUAAUAAUUAUAUUGAUAAUGAAAAAUAUGACAAAGAAAUUAAUUUAACUCUUAAUAAAUUUAGUAUAUUAAAUUAUGAUAGUAAAGAAGAACCAAAGGUAUAUGAAAAAUUAUAUGUUGGUAAAUUAAUUUUUGGUGAAAUUUUUAAAAUAGAAAAUGAUUUUGCAUAUGUAGAUAUUAAUUAUUCUUGUUAUGCAGAAAUACAUGUAGAUCAAUUACCAUAUAAUAUUAGCAACAUUAGAGAUGUUUUUAAAAAGAAAGAUAAAUUAAUUUUCGAGAUAUAUAAAAUGUAUCCAGGAAAAAUAUUAUUAACUUUAAAAAAUAUACAGAAAAUUAAUGACUUAAAUAAAAUAUUAUUAUAUAAAACACAAGGCACACCUUUUGAUGUAAAAGUAAUCGCAAUAUUAAAAAAUGGUAUAACUGUUAUAUAUAAUGAUAUUACAUCAUUUAUACAUAUAUCUGCAUUAUCAUGUAAAUAUAAAAUAAAAACAGAACAAGAAGAAUUAGAAGAAAAAAUUAAUGAAGAUCUUUUAUUAAAUAAAAAAAUAAAGGUUUUCUGUACUGAUAUAAAUAAAUUAAAUUUCUCGAAUUUAAUAUAUGAACAAAAUGAACAGCUUAAAAAUCUGAAUGUAUAUGAUGUACUUGAAGUAGAUAUUAUACAUAUUUCAAAAUAUGGUUUAAUGGUAAAAUAUUUAGAUGUUGUAGGUUUAAUACAUGUAUCAGAAAUAUCUAAAAAAAAAGUUGAUAAUUUAAAUGAUUAUUUUAAAAUUAAUGACAAAUUAAAAGGAGUCAUUGUAAAUAUAGAUUAUGAUAAUAAGAGAUUUUCUAUGUCCACCAAAAUAUUAGAAAGAGAUGGGAAAAAUAUUAUAGAUCAUGCCUCAAAAAUAUAUAGUGAUAUUCCGAAUAUUAUAAGUGACAUCAAAAAGAGAAACACAAACUUGAAAAUGCAUGAUACAAAUAUUAAAAAUCAAUUGUUAUCUUUAAUAGAUAUAUAUAAAAGUGAUAAAGAAAAAAAGAAAGAUGUGCCAACUAAUGAGGAUAACAAAAACGCGACUGUACAAAUGGAUGCAAAUAUGAAAGAAGGGCUUUCUGAAAUUAAGGAAUAUAAAGAAUUGACAACUCAUGGUGAUAAUAAGGAGAAUAUAAAAUAUAUAAACAGUAAGGAAGAUAAAACAAGUAGUAGUACUACUACUACUACUACUAAUAAUAAUAAUAAAAAUGAUUAUGAUGAAGAUCCUGAAGGAAGUAGUGUAAUUACUAAGAAGCAUAUAAAAAAAGACUCAACAACAAUAGAGAACAAUAUGGAUUUAAAAAAAAUUAAACCAAAUGAUGAAUAUAUGUGUAAUGAAAAUGAAUUAGAUAUUUAUGAAGAUGAAGAUGAAGACGAAGAUGAGGAAGACAUUACAGAUGAUGAAGAAAAUUCAAAACUAUCCAUAGACAUUCAUAAUCAGAUGAUUCCUUAUUUAUUAAUGAAACAACAACAAAAUAAGAAGGAAGAUCAAGUAGAAGAAAAAGG